ACGCCGCAGGGCAACCAGUUUCUUUCGAGCCCGCAGCCUUCCUGAAGCCAUGCAAGUGCUUCCGUGCGUCGACUGCCCGCGCGCCGACCUCGCCGAUGACUCGAUGGCCUGCAUGCUCCUCGCGGUCGAGCGCCUCCUCAGCGCGCGCCCGCCCAAGCGCGUCGCGUUCACGACCGCCACGACGUACAUGUUUGACGUUGCGUACGGCGGGAGCUCGCUCCCGAAAGAGAGCGGACCGCCCAUCGGGCUCGCGCCAACGCACUUUGCCGCGACGACUGCGUGCAUCAACGACAUGCCCCGCACCGGCGCGGGCCGCGUGCGCAAGUUCGACCACCUCGAGCGCAUUGCCCUCCUCAAGGACGCCGAGUACGACGUACGCGAGAUCGCGGCGUUCUGUCUCGAAGCCAUUGACGUGCGCAAGUCGCGCAUGGAGACGCACGAGGAGCUUACGGCCCUGCGCCGGAAACGCAAGCUCCAAGCGAGCCACGACCGCGCCAAGCGCCGCUGUGUGGCCGACCCGACGUCGACGCCAGAGACGACCCUGCACAUGCAAACCUGAUGACCAUCCAGCACCGUGUAAUUUAUCUCGUCCUAAGUUAAAUCGCAAGAUCGUUUGCCUG